AUGAAGAUGGCCAAAAGACCUCUGAAACCUCUGGAAAUUGGUAUCCAUCCCGAUGAUUGGGAAAGGUGUCUAUUCCAUAAUAACACGAUAAUCAGCUCGGGAGAGGAUGCCAAUUCCAACACUACCACUCCGACCCCAAGUACUACGAUUUUUGUGGAGAACCAAUGGUAUUAUUGUCCUUCCGAAAUUUGGAGAAUGAUCUUUGAGUAUGUAGAUUUAUAUACCAUUUCCAUGUUAAUGCAAUGCCAAAAGAAGUGGAUGAAACUGUACAAAGAGAAAGGCUUUAAAUCAAAAAUUCAAUUUUUGAGAAUGAUGACUUGGGAGCUUGUUGUGUUCAAUACGUUCAAUACUCAACUUUCUUCAGCAAUGAAUGUAAAUAAUAUCCUUCCUUGUAGUAGUAGUAAUAUCAUGCAUCUCUCAUCUUCACAACAAAAGAUGGAUCCAUUGGCGAUGAGUGGAGUGUUCGAGAUGCCCCUUUCUCAAACCUUGCGAAAUGGUGAACUCACCUCGUUCUCGAGACGACCCAAUCGUGAUUAUAAUGAUUUGAGUAAGAUCAUUCGCAAAAUUGAUACUUUCAAAACGAUCACCGUAUCGGAGGCCAAACGACUUUUGCAUCACCAAGAGAAAGUCUUUUCUGUGUUUAACUUGAUCAAUAAUUUAUUUAAGCCUCAGAAUAAUUCCCCUCAAAGAAGAAAUGAAACUCAAUCGUUUGCGAGAGAUGCAUUCGCAAGAAUUGCAAUAGUUGGAGAAAAAUGCAUGUCAAAAACCACCUUCUUUAAAACAUACAGAGCUCAAAAAGAAAGGAUACAUGGUAUCUCCAGUGAACAGAAUUGUUUCGAUGAUACAGUUACACUCCACACUCCUUCCAAUUCUACCUCCUCCAACUUUGAAAGCUUUAAUUCCAAUUCAUAUCAAAUUUGGGAUGAAUAUCAAAGCAUGUCAGAGAUGCCACCCUAUUUCUUGAGACGAAUGAACUUUCUAAUUUUAUUGUUCGACUCGUCCAAUAUCGAGUCAUUUGUAAAGUUAAAACAUUGGGUAUAUAGCACAAUCAUUAAUGGUAACUUCAAGUCUAAUAGGCCUGAACUUAUUUUAGUUGCAACAAAACAUGACCUAAUUUCUCCCAAAAACCUCACUUCAUACCUUACGAACAGGGAAACUCAAUUUAAACCAUUCGCUGAUGAACUACGAAUUCCUUAUAUCGAAAUUGAUAGUACCAACACGUCACAAGUAUUGUGUGUGGUGCGAUAUGCAUUGUGCUGGACAUAUUUUGUGCAAUCUUUGCGACAAGCAUUCUGGUCGCUCGAUAAACAGCGAAAAAGCAAUCAGGAAGCGAACACAUUUUCCAAUCAAACGAAGCGACUUUGGUCUGAUUCAUUUGUGUUGCCUCAUAUGAAGCAAAGAAUUAAUUGA